GAGCAGAAAACUGUAAAUACAACAACAUUAACAUAUUUUUAUUAGUUAACAUAAAGUUACAAAGAACAUUUUGCAUUGGCUGAUUUCGCUCCGUUUCUUCCUCGCUCCGUUUUCCCACAGUCCCUGAACGCCUCAUUCACCAACCGCCACAGCUUUGAUGCGUUUACGGAACAGAGAGAGACGGAGGAGCGAAGACGACGUCGCGGCAGAUGUCUGGGGACAGGCCGCCGACUCACUGUGACAUCACUUCCUGUUUGUAAAUGCCCUGAUUCCCUGCUGCAGUCAUGAUGGUUAAGGUCAAGGGUCAAAUGUCCGUGCUGGUUCUGAUGGUUCUCCUCAAGGCGAGUUCCUCGGCAGUGACCGUUCCUUCUGUGACAGAGGUGGGCGGCGGCCUGCGUUUGGAGUCAUCUGUGAUUGACCCACAGAGGGCAGCGCUGAGUCAGAGGCAACACUUAGAAACACUGUUUAGCAGAUACGGUGAGAACGGAACCAUCUCUGUGGACGGGUUAAAGCGCCUCCUACAGAGCGUCGGCCUUGGUCGCUUUAGGACCGUGGUGGUCCAGCAUCACGAGCACCUGAACCCCGGUCACCACGAUCACCGCAGUCAUAACGUCCACGACCACAACAGCUCGCAUCCACACAAACAUGACCACGACCACAGUGUGGCGCUGGUGAAGUUCCCCAAAAGAGAAGAAAACCGCGAUGUUUCAACAGGUAAGAAAACGGAAAACCCUGACGACCAUCACAAUCGGUACCACAAGAAGACCACGGUCGCGGUGCCUCCGGUGGUCGGUUCCACUGCAGCGUACGGGCUCCGGGAGAAACAACCGGAGAGACUGGAACAGCGCCGCUCUGCUGGAGAGGAAACCACUAGAGAAGCCGCAGAUGGCAAGACGACGGUCACUAAGAGCCAGACACGAGCUGCUGUAGCCCCUCACGACCACGACCACGACCACGACCACGAUCACAACCACGAUCACGACCACAACCACGAUCACGAUCACGUGAAUCGCAGCCUGGGCGGUUCUGAGUGCCUGAACGCCUCCAGCCUGCUGUCCUCACACGGGAUGUCCCAGGAAGUGGACGUGACCGCGAGGGACUUCCUGUACCUCUGCCCCGCCCUCCUCAGCCAGAUCGACUCUGGAGUCUGCGUCGUUCACGGACAAACAGACCACAGACAUCACAAACACGAUCACGAUCACCAUUCCGACCACGACCACUUGGAGCGCUCUACCGUUGAAAACAAGAAUAUUGCGACAGCGUGGAUCGGUGGCUUCGUCUCCAUCACCGUCAUCAGCCUCCUGUCUCUGCUCGGCGUCAUUCUCAUUCCCCUCAUGAGCCGAGUUUUCUUCAAGUUCCUCCUCAGUUUUCUGGUGGCGUUGGCCGUGGGCACGUUAAGCGGCGACGCCUUCCUCCACCUCAUCCCCCACUCCCAGGGGGGUCACCACCACCAGGAGGAUUCUGGGACCAGUGGAGCCCAUGGUCAUAACCACGCCGAGGAGGACGAAGACCUGGACGGCGUGUGGAAGGGUUUGACGGCGCUGGGCGGGGUCUACUUUAUGUUCCUCAUCGAACACUUCAUCACUCUGGGAAAAAUGUACAAGGAGAAGAAACAGAAGGUCCAGAAAAAGUGGGACCAAAAUGACAAAGUGGACCCAGAAAAGCAGCCAGCGUUGGGAGACCGUGAGCUAAAGGCUCCUGAAGAUGUGGAGACGAACGGCGCAGGUGUGUUUGGCGCCCACUCCGCUGUCGUGCACAGUGGCGACGGCGCUGGGGGCGUGGCUGAGGAGGAGCAGGUGAUGCUGUCGCCGCAGGGUUACGCUGCAGCGUCCGACGCCGGUGCUGCCGCCUACAGCGCUGAAGACUGUGAGAACAAAUGCCACUCCCACUUCCAUGACACGGUGGGCCAGGCUGACGACAUGCACCAUCACCACCACGACUACCACCACAUCCUGCACCACCACCACUCCCAGAACCAUCACCCCCACAGCCACGCCCACUCCUACUCCCAGCAACACUUCCAGGAAGCGGGCGUGGCCGCGCUGGCCUGGAUGGUCAUCAUGGGAGACGGACUGCACAACUUCAGCGACGGGCUAGCCAUCGGAGCGGCCUUCAGUGAGGGUCUGUCCAGUGGACUCAGCACCUCCGUGGCCGUCUUCUGCCAUGAACUUCCUCAUGAAUUAGGUGACUUUGCGGUUCUCCUGAAGGCUGGGAUGACGGUGCGUCAGGCCAUCCUCUACAACGUCCUGUCGGCCAUGAUGGCCUACCUGGGCAUGAUCACGGGAAUCCUGAUUGGACACUACGCAGCCAACAUCUCCAUGUGGAUAUUUGCCCUCACUGCAGGGCUCUUCAUGUACGUGGCCCUGGUGGACAUGGUGCCGGAGAUGCUACACAACGACGCGGGCGACCACGGCGUUAGCCACUGGGGCUACUUCCUGCUGCAGAACGCCGGCAUCCUGCUGGGCUUCUGCAUCAUGCUGGUCAUCGCUGUGUUUGAGCACAAGAUCCAACUGGACCUGGGCUACUGAGGGGGCGGAGCCUCCAGGGCCGCCUCACUGCACUGCCUCACAUCAGUCGUGUUUGUUGCUGUGGACGCACUGACCAAGUCGGUCCGGUCCGGUCUGAUCCGGUCUGAUCCGGUCUGAUCCGGUCCAGGUCAUGUUUGAGUUUUGUAGUAAAACUAAAGUAUUAUUUUUAAGAAGCUAAGAGGAGACGGAGGAGGAGGAGGAGGAGGAGGAGGAGGAAGAAGAAGAAGAGGUGGUCUUCUUCUUCUUCUCUCUUUGUUACACUUCCAGGGUGGAGGCUGCUGCUGCUGCUGCUGCUGCUGCUGCUGCUGCUGCUGCUGCUGACGACUUUAAAAGUGUUGAAAACUUGAAUGUGUUUGUGAUGGAAUCAUGAUGAAGGGAAACAAAUCAACUUCAAAGUUGCUGAAAAAUGCCUCAAAUUAGAAACUUUUUAUUUUAUUUUGCAUCUUAUUAAUUCAUCGGUUUAAAAAAUGAUUUGAAAAAGUCCCUCUGUCAACACAGAGGUCAGAAACCCUGACCCCGGGUCAGCGCUCUGGUACUGGACUGGUUACAGAACUGAUCACGUGAAGAACGGGAGCUGGAAGUUACUUUGUUUGUUUGUUUGUUUGUUUGUUUUUAUUGCAGUUUGUAGAAUUGACAUUUUUACCUUUUCAGAAACAGGAUGUGAGGUCAGUGUGAAAGACUUCCUGUUUAGGUGUGAAAACCCAUUCACUGGGACUGUGAGCUACGCGUACGUUAGCUUUAGAUGUUAGCAUGUUAGCAUGUUAGCAUGUUUGGGCAGUGUUAAAAAAAAGUGUACGACAAAAGCCGUACAUUGUUGGUGUGGUGUCCUCACUGUUGAACCAAUCACAGCAGAGGUUGGUGUUGGUUCUGUUGGUCGUCGUCGUGGUCGUCUGUGUUUUUGUUCAAACACUGUUACAGCUGUGACCUUUGAGGUCGACGGCGUUGGUGGGUUUGGUCCUUCUUCUUCUUCUUCUUCUUCUUCUUCAUCAUCUUCAUCUUCUCACAUUCCAGAAUCAAAAUAAAGUUGAUGUACAUCAAA